AUGACAGCUGUGGUGUGUGGGAUCCCUCUGUUCCUGCUGGAGAGCUCAGUUGGUCAGUGCACCCAGGAAGGAUUCAUCACGUCUUGGAGGAAAAUGUGUCCACUGGCACAAGCCUGGGCUCUCUUCUACCUGGUGUUCUCGUUCAGAUCCCAGAUCCCCUGGGCCAGCUGUGAGAACACCUGGAACACAGCUCACUGUGUCGGUCUUCAGACUUUCAAUUCAUCUCAUGUGACAGCAAAUCAGACCACCUCUGCUGCCAUUGAGUUCUGGGAACAUUUCACUGCCACCUUCCCCUAUGUGAUGCUCAUGGUCCUCCUCAUCAGGGGCCUGACUCUACCUGGAGCUUGGCAAGGGAUUUACUAUUACCUGUAUCCAGAUUUGAACCGUUUGGCUAACGUUAAGGUGUGGAUAGAGGCAGGAUCUCAAAUAUUAUUUUCCUAUAGCCUGACAGCAGGGACUCUGAAUGUUCUGGGCAGCUACAAUGACUAUAACAACAACUGUUACAACGUUUGUCCGUCCUCUGUCGUCCUGCUGGAGAUCCAGCUUGGCAGAGGAGAAAACUGGGAGAGGAGGGGACAACAGAGGAAGGAUGGAGACAGAGGACAGUGGACAAAUAAAACUGAAUAUAUUCUGGUUGUUGCAGGAAAUGUGGUCGGCUUGGGUAAUGUGUGGAGAUUUCCUUACCUUUGCUACAAGAACGGUGGAGGUGCUUUUCUGGUGCCAUACGGUCUGUUAGCUGUGGUGUGUGGGAUUCCUCUGUUCCUGCUGGAGACUUCAAGUGGUCAGUACACCCAGGAAGGAUUCAUCACCUGCUGGAGGAAACUGUGUCCACUGGCACAAGGAAUUGGAUAUGGAUAUUUCGUGAUGAAACUUUAUGACUUCAGCUAUGUAUUAGUUCAAGUCUGGGCUCUCUUCUACCUGGUGUUCUCAUUCAGAUCUCAGCUUCCAUGGGCCAACUGUGACAACACCUGGAACACAGAUGAUUGUAUUCCUUUCAAUUCAUCUAAUCUGACAGCCAAUCAGACCACAUCUGCUGCAAUCGAGUUCUGGGAACGACGUGUGCUGGCCAUGUCUGGAGGCAUUGAGGAGCUGGGCAGUGUGAGAUGGGAGCUGGCUCUGUGUCUGCUGGCUUGUUGGGUGUUCUGCUACUUUAGUAUUUGGAAAGGUGUCAGAUCUUCUGGAAAGGUAGCCUACUUUACAGCCACUUUCCCCUACGUGAUGCUCCUCAUACUGCUCAUCAGGGGACUGACUCUACCUGGAGCAUGGGAAGGAAUCUACUUUUACCUCUAUCCAGAUUUGAACCAGCUGUCUAACCUUGAGGUGUGGAUAGAGGCAGGUUCUCAAAUAUUCUUCUCCUAUAGCCUGACAAUAGGGACUCUAAAUGUUCUGGGCAGCUACAAUGAGUACAACAACAACUGUUACAAAGACUGCUUUUGGAUCUGUUUACUGAACAGUGGGACCAGCUUUGUUGCUGGAUUUGUCGUCUUCUCUGUGCUUGGAUUCAUGGCACAGAAACAGGGUGUUACUGUUGAUAAUGUAGCUGAGUCAGGCCCAGGUUUGGCCUUCAUUGUCUACCCUCAGGCUGCAGCUAUGAUGCCUUUGCCACAGUUCUGGAGUGUCUGCUUUUUCCUGAUGCUCAUUCUGUUGAGUGUCGACACACAUUUUGUGACGGUAGAGAGUGUUAUCACCUCUGUGACUGACUUGUUUCCGAAGCUGUUGCGUACACAAGUGAGGCACGAGAUCUUUGUCCUCUUCGUCUGUUCAUUCUUCUUCCUCAUACACCUGAUCCUUGUCACUGAGGGAGGCAUUUAUGUAUUUCAGCUUAUUGAUUAUUUUGGUUGCACCAGAGCCUGCCAGGACUUUAUGGCUGUAUGUCAAUGCCUGGCAAUGGGCUGGAUUUUUGGGGCUGAUCGCUUUUCUAACAUCAUUGAGGACAUGGCAGGAGAGAGACCAUGUAUUUUCUUUAAACUGUGCUGGAAAUACAUAAUUCCUCUGCUGACACUGAUUUCCUUCAUCUUGUACCUGGUUGAUUACCAACACCUCAAGGUUAACGGCUGGUACAUUUACCCUGACUGGGCAUACACACUGGGAUGGACCAUGACACUCUCCUCUCUUCUCAUGGUGCCACUGUGGGCAGCUGGACAGAUGUGUUUGACACCAGGAACCUUCAGAGAGCGUUUGUCCAUCCUCUGUCGUCCUGUUGAAGCUCCAGUCUGGCAGAUGGAAAACAGAGAGGAGGGAGCGACUGUUGAACUGAGGACGCCUGCAGUGACUGUUUAA